AUGCCAGCGAAUGAAUUCGUUGUGGCCGCUUUCGGUGCAUCCCUUCAGGUGCUUUUCGACAGAUUGGCGAAUCCUACGUUGCUGCCCUUUGUCAGUGGAUCUGGGAUAGAUUCAGUGAUAAAGCCGUGGAAGGAAGAGUUACUGAUGAUUCAAGCAGUAGUUAACGACGCAGAAGAGAAGCAACUAACCAACAAGGCAGUGAAUAUGUGGUUGGAUGAUCUGCAACAAUUGGCUUAUGAUGUAGAAGACAUUCUGGAUAAAUAUGCCACUCAACUUGAACUUGAAGAGCGCAAAUUGAUGACUGCAGACCAGCCCAAGGACAUCGUGGCUGGUUAUUUCUCUUCUUGGAUGUCCAACUGUCAUAUGAAGUCGGAGAUAGAAGAGGUAAAUCGCCGUUUGGAAGAUCUCUGUAAACGAAGACAUCGUCUUGGGUUGAAAGAGAUUGCUGGAGGGACAUCAGCUGCUGCACCACAAAGACGACGAGCAACAACUUUGCAACAUGAACCUGCUGUUAUUGGUAGAGACGCUGAUAAAGCCAAAAUACUUGAAAUGAUGUCGAAGGAUGAACCAAGUGAUGCCAACUUUCGUGUAAUACCCAUUGUCGGAAUGGGAGGAAUUGGCAAAACGACACUUGCUCGUGAAGUGUUCAAUGACCAGGCAGUGAAAUAUUUUGACCUAAAAGUAUGGGUUUCUGUUUCUGAUCAUGACCAUUUUGAUGAUGAAAAGAUCUACAGGGCAAUUUUGGCGGAGAUAAAUUUCAAGUCUUCCGAUUAUGAUAACUGGGAAAACCUAAAAGCUCCCUUCAUGGCAGGAGCACCAGGGAGUAGGAUAAUUGUUACAACACGCCACCUCAAAGUUGUGUCAAUAAUGACUGGAUCCAAUGCAAGUCAUAAUGUAAAGCUCUUAUCAGAGGAAGAGUGUUGGUCCGUGUUCGCCAAACAUGCAUUCAAGAUUAAAGAUAUUGCCAAAUUUCCAAAUUUGGAAUAUAUCCGUCAAAAAGUUGCCUCAAAGUGCAAUGGCUUGCCCUUGGCUGCUAGGACUCUUGGUGGCCUUCUAUUUUCUGAGCCAAGAGAAAGUAAGUGGAAAGAUAUUUUAGACAGUAAAAUAUGGGAAGAUACGUUGAACUCAAAAUUAUGCAUUCAAGAGAAGGAGCUUGUCCGUUUGUGGAUGGCAGAAGGUCUAAUUCAAAAGUCACUAGACAAUAUAGAAUUAGAAGAUGUAGGUGGUGAAUUUUUUCAAGAUUUGUUGUCAAGAUCACUUUUUCAAAAAUCAGGCACUACGUUCCGCUUUACUUAUGUAAUGCAUGAUCUUGUUAAUGAUAUGGCAAAAUGGGCUUCUAGAGAUACAAUUUUUAGAUUAGAGGAUGAAUCGAAGAUCAACAACCAAUCUGCAGCAUUAAAAAAGAUUCGCCACUUGUCGACUCGCUGCUUGUCUAACACUAAAAUUGAAGCACUCCAUGAAGCUGUGAACUUGAGGACAAUCUUGGACGUCAACUGUGUUGCACCUGGUAUGGAUUUUCCUUUUUUUUUGCCAAAGUUCAAAAAAUUGAGGGUGUUGUCUCUAAUGGGUAAUUAUUAUGUGGUGAAUACUCCUCAAGUCAUUAGUUUGCCUGAUACAAUUGGAGAUUUGAAACAUUUGAGGUACCUCUGUGUUUCAAACACCGCUAUUAUAAGCCUACCUGAGUCAACAAAUUCAUUAAUCAACUUAGAGGUUUUGCAGCUAAGGUGGUGUGCAUUGAUCAAAAAAUUACCUCCUAUGGGAAAUUUGAUCAAUCUACGCCAUCUUAAUAUCGAAGAAGUAAAUUUAAUAGAGAUGCCAUUGGGAAUGGAAAAUUGGAAGAAUCUUCGGACAUUAUCUAAUUUUGUCGUGGGCAAAGAUAUUAGUUCUCGUUUGGAUGUUUUAAAAAACUUUAAGCGUCUUCGUGGAGAGCUUCGUAUUUCAAAAUUAGAAAAUGCUACCUCAUUUUCGCCAGAAGCAAUAUUAUGUGAUAAGGAGAAGUUAGACAAGUUAUGGCUAGAUUGGGAUUGGAGCAAUGAGUGUCCAAGUGAGGAAGUACAGAAAAAUGUGCUUGAUAUAUUAAGACCUCACAAAAAUCUAAAAAGUCUCGGCAUCACUGGAUAUGUCGGCACACAGUUUCCAGAUUGGCUUGGAGAUUUAUCAUCGUCUUUAACUUUCUUGGAGACGAUUAAGAUUAAUCACUGUAAGAAAUUGCAAUGUCUGUUGUAA